UCGGCACCGAUCGGACAGUAAGCAGACGCGAUCCUCUCACGGAACCAGCACUGCGCUGCCUCCGCAUCUGGCAGCGCUACGCAUUUCGCGUAAAGCAGCGUUUAUCAAUGAACGCCGAUUCCGCCCAGUGAACCGGAUUUAUUUUUUCUUUUCUAAAUCUCGAUUUAAACUUGGAUUUGCCGCCUCGGAGUCCAGGUGAUGAGGCUCUGAACCGAACCCGCAGCGUCACUCCCGGGACCCGUGCCUCUGCUACGUGACCCGCCUAACGCGACUCCGGCGUGUGGCCGAUAUGGCGAAGAGCGCAGAGGUGAAGCUGGCUGUGUUCGGCAAGGCCGGCGUGGGAAAGUCAGCUCUGGUAGUGAGAUUCCUGACCAAGCGUUUCAUCUGGGAAUAUGACCCCACCCUCGAGUCAACGUAUCGCCAUCAAGCAAACAUUGAUGAUGAAGUUGUCAACAUGGAGAUCUUAGACACAGCAGGACAGGAGGAUAUGCUGCAGAGGGAGGGCCACGUGCGCUGGGGCGACGGCUUCAUCAUUGUCUAUGACAUCACCGAUAGGGGCAGCUUUGAGGAGGUGCCACCGCUCAAGGGCCUGCUGGAUGAGGUCAAGAAGCCCAAGAGUGUCAUCCUGGCCCUAGUGGCUAACAAGGCCGACCUAGAGCACGCCCGGCAGGUGAGCACAGAGGAGGGCGAGCGGCUGGCGGCUGAGCUGGCCUGUGCCUUCUACGAGUGCUCGGCCUGCACGGGCGAGGGCUGUGUCAGCGAGGCCUUCCUGGAGCUGUGCCGCGAGGUGAGGCGGCGCCGCAUGGUGCAGGGCAAGACCCGUCGCCGCAGCUCUACCACCCACGUCAAGCAGGCCAUCAACAAGAUGCUCACCAAGAUCAGCAGCUAGGGGGCGCCACAGAUGGACUUUGAGGAACGUAAAGCACUUUAACCGUCAAAGCUGAGGAUGGCGCUCACUAUGGUGUGCGGGACACUGCCUUAUGCUGGGGCGAGGAACGUCUUUAUAGCCUGUUGUCUGUAUGCCAUGUUCGUGCUUGGUUCUGCAUCAAACGUUGGGUUUAUUUAACGUCUGGGACUCUACUACAAACUAUCUGAAAGGAUCAUGGCUGGGACUCUGAUGUUCUUAGCCUACAGGGUUUUCCAUUGCCGCUACAGUGGGACGGCCAUUGUGUUUUCAUCUUUAUCACCCAGUUCAGAGGGAUCACGGGAACAAAGUCUUCCUUCCCGAUGGGUAGCAUUCAGAUCUCUUUGGAACAGCAUUUUGCCUUCAGUAACUGGCAAGUUCCAUUUCAGCCUGUGUUUAUUUAGCUCAGCCUGUUGCUAGUCUGAAGCUACACACGCGUUUUAAAGGUUCGCUUUGGGCAGAGGGUAACAUCUUAUUCCUACAUGUCAUGUCCAUAAUUUGCUUUGCACUGAUUUGAUCUUCGCUGCGCAGCAGCUUCUAAAGACCGCCCAUUCUCGGAGCAGUGUCUCAAUGCUUAUUCUGAGUUUCGGGGAGCUCAUUCAUCUCCGUUUGGUCUGAAAGGCCCUCCGGCGUGGCUUUCGUGUCGACUCAGAUGAAACGAGAGCAGAUCAAAUAAAGCAUUACUCAGCUGCAUCUCAGGAUUCAAAAGGUUUCGUUUCGCAGUCGGGAGACUUGGCGUGCAGCCGCGUGUUUACCAGUGAGAUGGUUAUGCGUCGGGGGUCGAAUUAUGGCUCUUCAGUAGCCCCAGACUUCAGGAAACAAAGUGUCCUAUCACUGAUGUGUUUCUGCAGAGCCAUCUGUGUGUACUGUUGUGUUAAGAACAAUUUUUUUAAUACACAUACAAAUAUCUCAGAAUAUCUCUUUAUCGUUAAGCCAAGUCGAUCUAUCAGCACUCAAUGGUGUUUCUGGCAAUUCUGUUUUUUUUCUUGAUGGUAAUCAUCACUAUCCUUGAAGAUUACUGGCUACACUGUAAGGCAUGAGAAGCAAAUAUUCAGUGAAAGUUUUAUUAAACAACAAACAGGGCUGUCAUGUUCAAUUGUUUUUAUUGUGCUUAUUAAUAUAGAGCGAAUGGAUGUGGAUAGAUUAUGCCACAAAAGAGGAGGGGGGGGGGCAGCAAUGGUACUGCAAAAGACGACUGAAUAUGAUACUACAGCAUUAUACCACAAAACUACAUUCAAAUCCUUAAACAAAGACAACGAUUCACAGGCUUUUCCCCAAAUGCAGCUCAACCUGGUCCAUAUAACCUGUUUGAAUCAGUAAUGUAAAUAGUGACAGAUUCGCCUCAUCAUUCAUAACCUGACGACACAGAGCCCAGGGGUAUUCAAUUAUUUUUCCCUGAGGUCCAAAUUCUGUUAGAGACACAAUGCCAAGGUCGACUGCUCCCAAUCAGAUUUUCCGGGGCGGUGGGUUAGGCAAUCCCCAUUGGUAGAUUACACUGACUGGUGGGCGGUACAUCGAGCUGGGGGGGAUGGGGAGAUGGUUCAGUAUCGGUUCAGACCGGAGUCUGCCAGUUUAGUACCCUUAGCCUAAAGUAUGCAGAAUGUGUAGAAAUUCAUCCCUGUGCUACCAAACCUAUUGCUGGCUGAUGUGAAAUUCUCUUUGUUAUGCACAUUAUUCAAUUCAGUAGAGUAAAAAUGUAUUCUUGUCAUUUCAAUUUGGACAUUGUGGGAAUAAAACAAAACAAGAAAUAAUUCUACAAAUGUGAGUGUACAGGAAAAAGGCAUCAGUGUGCCCUGUGAUUCCAGACAGCAUCUCGGACCUUGAAAUGUUCGGAGACCUGUCCCAUUUGCAGAAGCCUUACAACACUUUGUGUCUAUGUUUUUUCCGCAAAAAGAUGCAUGAAAUGUAUUUACAAACCUUGUACCCAAUCCAAUAUAAUCAUUAAAUGAAAUAUGUUGCUAUAAAA